GUGUGAGCCAAGUGUCGCAGUUUUGCACGAAAGCCAAAGUCGCUGCGGCGGUGGCAAUAAUAAAGAGCAAGCCUGCGGGUAUGAGCGGCUGCGAGCACGCUGAGGCUUUGGGCUGCCGGCUUAAGAGCCAGGAUGAAAGCUGGAGGGAAAAAGCCCAGGAGCUGCAGCAGGAGGUGCUGAGGCUUCGACAGGAGCUGCUGAUCACCAAGGUGACGUCAGUAACAACGAACGCCACGGAGACGGCAGACGCUGCAGAGGAAGACACUUCACAGGAUCUGUUUGGUCCUGCAGAGCCUCAACCUGACUGUGACUCAGCGACUCCUGAGCUCUUUCAGGAAGACCCCCAGCCCGCCGCCUCCGCCCCUGAGCCGCCAACUCCCUCCAGUCACCAUGAAAGAGCCAUGCACCCCCACGUGCACUUCCUCCAGUCGCUGUGCGCCCUGCACCGAGUAGAAGGAAACCAGAGCGGCCUGGAGGCUCUGUGGUUCAGCCCUGAUGGAGGUGCGGGAUCAGUGUUGGCGGACUCUGUGUGCCAGCUCCUUCGCUCGGUGGUGGCGGCGUGCAGGGAUCCCCCUCCGCUGGGUCCGCGCGACCUGGUCCUGCAGGCCUGCCAGGUGGCGGCCCGGGCGAUGGACCUCUUCUGCUCUCAGCGGCUGCCGUCAGCGGAGUUCAUGAGACACGUGGAAGAUUCGCUGAGGGAGAUGACUGCGAUGCUGCUGCACCGUCGUCAGCCCUGCAGGGUGAGUCACAGGACGUUUGCAUGUGCAUAAUAUUUCCUGAUGAAC